AUGGAGUCUAGGGAGUCCAGGGAUUCAAGGAAGUCCAAGGAGUUAAGGGAGUCCAGGGAGUCCAAGGAGUCAGGGGAGUCCAGAGAGUCAAGGGAGUCCAGAGAGUCAAGGAAGUCCAGAGAGUCAAGGGAGUCAAGGGAGUCCAGGGAGUCCACAGGGUUCAGAGAAUCUAAGGAAUCCUGGGAGUCCAGGAAGUCCACUGAUUCAUGUGAGUCCAAGGAGUCUAGUAAGUCCAAGGAGUCUAGUGAGUCCAAGGAGUCUAGUGAGUCCAAGGAGUCUAGUGAGUCCAAGGAGUCUAGUGAGUCCAAGGAGUCUAGUGAGUCCAAGGAGUCCAAUAGGAUUCCAUCUAGAAACUAA